CCGACUCCUUAUCAUGCCCGCGUCUCUUUCCACAGCAAAUGUCUGUGACUCCAACUCAUGAGGGGAGGCUCCACCCAGGACCAGAGACUCUAGUUGUGUGAUGGUGAUCUACAAGAAUAACCCCAGCAACAGCCCAUGGUCUGUCAUCCAUUCUUUCAGUGCAUUGAACAGCUGAGUCAAGGACUACACACCAGGGACUUCUAAAUUGGGGACAAUCCUGCAGUUGCCAAAAUGACUUCAGGCAGUGCUGUCCCUCCUGGCAGUGGCCCCUUCACAGCAUUGACUCCUAGCAUGUGGCCGCAGGAUAUAGUGACCAAGGAGGAGUCUGUACCACACCCAGAGUUCCAGUACGACCAGUUUGGAUUUCGCAUCGACAAGGAAGAUGGAGGUGAAACAAAUCACAGGAGGGUCCUCGGGAUCACGGAAGACCCGCAGCAGAGACUGAGAUGGCAGGCGCACCUCGAGUUCACGCACAAUCACGACGUUGGCGAUUUGACCUGGGAUAAAAUCGACGUGGUGUUGCCACGCUCCCAGAAACUGCGAUCUUUGGUGCUCGCCGGAAUCCCACACACCUUGCGGCCGCAGAUGUGGAUGCGGUUGUCAGGAGCUCUACAGAAGAAACGAAAUACUGAAACCUCAUACCGUGACAUCGUCAAAAACAGCUCCAACGAUGGAGGCCUUGCAGCGAAACAGAUCGAGAAAGACCUGCUCCGCACCAUGCCAAGUAACACCUGCUUCUCCAAUAUGGACAGCAUCGGCGUGCCAAGAUUACGGAGAAUCCUGCGUGGGCUGGCGUGGCUCUACCCAGAGAUUGGAUACUGCCAGGGAACUGGAAUGGUGGCAGCUUGUUUGCUGCUGUUUCUCGAGGAGGAGGAUGCUUUCUGGAUGAUGUGUGCCAUCAUUGAGGACCUGGUUCCUGCUUCGUACUUCAGCACCACACUACUGGGCGUGCAGACUGACCAGCGCGUUCUCCGCCAUCUGAUCGUACAGUACCUCCCCCGACUCGACAAACUCCUCCAGGAACACGACAUCGAACUGUCCUUGAUCACCCUGCACUGGUUCCUGACAGCGUUUGCCAGCGUGAUACAUAUCAACAUCCUCCUCCGAGUAUGGGACUUGUUCUUCUGCGAGGGCUCUGUGCUGCUCUUCCAGAUCACCCUGGGAAUGCUGAAGCUGAAGGAAGAGGAGCUCAUCCAGUCGGAAAACUCAGCGUCGAUCUUCAACACGUUGUCAGACAUCCCAUCACAGAUUGAAGAUGCCGACUCGCUUAUCAAGGAGUCGAUGACGAUAGCUGGCUCGUUGGCCGACACGAUGAUUGAAGCGCAGAGGAGCAAGCAUCUAGCUUACUUGAUAGCGGAACAAGGCCAGCUAAACUCCCAGUCUCCACUGCCCAGCUUCUCAAAGAUUGUUCGACGACAGUCCCAUCGCAGGAAGUCUGGCCUGGGAGCCCUGCUUUUCGGGGACAAUGACGAUGCCGAGGCCCUGAAGGCGAAGAACAUCAAGCAGACGGAGCUGGUGGCCGAGCUGCGAGAAGCCAUCCUGCAGGUUGCCCGUCACUUCCAGUGCCUCGACCCCAGAAACUGUAGCAUCGAACUGACGCCAGAUUACUCCAUGGAGAGCCAUCAGAAGGAUCAUGAGAACUAUGUCGCCGUGUCGCGGAACGGAAGACGCCGGGCCAAAGCGCUCCUGGACUUCGAGCGCCACGAUGACGAUGAGCUGGGGUUCCGAAAGAACGACAUCAUCACGAUCAUCUCUCAGAAGGAUGAGCAUUGCUGGGUGGGGGAGCUGAAUGGUCUACGAGGCUGGUUUCCUGCAAAGUUUGUGGAGAUCCUGGAUGAACGGAGUAAAGAGUACUCCAUGGCUGGAGAUGAUUCGGUAUCGGAAGCCAUAACAGACUUGGUGCGGGGCUCGCUCUGUCCGGCACUCAAGGCGAUAUUCGAGCAGGGUCUGAAGAAACCAUCCAUCCUCGGUGGGCCCUGUCAUCCCUGGCUGUUCAUCGAAGAGGCUGCCGGGAAGGAGGUGGAGAGAGACUUUGACUCGGUGUAUUCCCGGCUGGUGCUGUGUAAGACUUACAGGUUGGAUGAAGAUGGGAAGGUGCUGACCCCUGAGGAACUUCUGUACAGAGCUGUCCAGUCGGUGAACAUGAGUCACGACUCUGCACACGCCCAGAUGGAUGUGAAGUUCCGAUCGCUGAUCUGUGUGGGACUGAAUGAGCAGGUGCUGCCCCUCUGGCUGGAGGUCCUCUGUUCCAGCAUGCAGACCGUCGAAAAGUGGUACCAGACCUGGUCUUUCCUACGCAGUCCAGGCUGGGUCCAGAUCAAGUGUGAACUGAGGGUGCUGUCCAGGUUCGCAUUCAGUCUCUCACAGGACUGGGAGCUGCCCGUCAAGAAGGAGGAGAAGGAGAAGAAGCCGCUGAAAGAUGGCGUCCAGGACAUGUUGGUGAAGCACCAUCUCUUCAGCUGGGACAUCGAUGGUUAACCUGACCACGCGCCUCCCAAUACAUCACUCCCACACCAAGCCUACACUAGGGAAGGCCACUGCCAGUGUGUGUGUGUACAGGGCAAACCCCCAGCCUCGUACACACACACGCACACGCACACAUCUCAAGGGGAAGCAGACAGUGGCCUGAGCAAAGAACAUCGCAUCAUUGUGAUCCUUACAACACUAACUCUUGGGAACUAAUGUUCUAUUCUUCACCUUGCUGUCUGCAAAAUAAGUUUGGUUGCACGCCAUCCUUACCUGAUUCUCAUUGGUGGCAAAUGGUUACUGAGUCGAUAGACCUGCACUGUAAUCCUUCCCCGUUGCCACUGGCAACGUCCGAUCCGAGCCCGGAUCCCUGCUAACGUCAAGAGAGUGACUCAAACUGCGGAUGCUGGUUUACGUCGAAGAUACACGCAAAACGCUGGAGUAACGCAGCGGGUCGGGUGACCUAUCGGGUAUAAAGAUGGGUCCUGACCCGAAAUGUCACCAUUCCAUGUUCUCCAGAGAUGCUGCCUGACCCACUGAGUUACCCCAGCACUCUGUGUCUUUUAUCACUCCCGUACUCUGUUUAGUUCCAACUAAUAGUAGCCUCCCAGAGCAACCAAGAUGCAAUCAGCGGUGUAAGCAUGUUGGGCACAAGGGUACUUUUAACAAUGGGGCCGAAGAGAGACACAGUUUUAAGCCGAAAUAUGGCACAAAAGUGCUGGAGUAUCUCAGCGGGUCAGGCAGCAUCUGUGGAGAACAUGGAUAGGUGACGUUUCACAGAGUGCUGGAGUAUCUCAGUGGGCCAGGCAGCAUCUGUGGAGAACAUGGAUAGGUGACGUUUCACAGAGUGCUGGAGUAUCUCAGUGGGCCAGGCAGCAUCUGUGGAAAACAUGGAUAGGUGACGUUUCACAGAGUGCUGGAGUAUCUCAGUGGAUCAGGCAGCAUCUGUGGAGAACGUGGAUCUACAAUCCAUGGUGUCCAUGUCUGUGUUUAAGCCUGGUUGAGUCCCCACUUAAACAGUUGCUGGCAGUCACUUUGAGGAUGGCACAGUCCUGUGCUCCACUAUAGAGGCCCAGCGCAAAGUGGAGGAACAACACCUCGUAUUUCACUUGGGCACCUAACACCCCAGCGGUAUGAACAUUGACUUCUCUAACUUCAAAUAGCCCUUGCUUUCCCUCUGUCACCAUCCCCCAUCCAAGUUUUCUGACCAAUCUGACUGACCUCCUGAUUAAAUGUUAUCUCUGUAUUCCUCGUUGUCAACUUCCAGCUAACAAUGAUCUAUUCUACAUUGUCCUUGAACUUCCAUCUCUUAUCAUGUCUCGUUUUCACACCUUACACUUCCUUAACUCCGCUUCUCCCUCUCCCUUAACUCUCAGUCUGAAGAAGGGUCUCGACCCGAAACGUCACCCAUUCCUUCUCUCCAGAGAUGCUGCCUGUCCCGCUGAGUUACAUAGAAACAUAGAAAAUAGGUACAGGAGGAGGCCAUUCGGCCCUUUGAACUAGCACCGCCAUUCAUUGUGAUCAUGGCUGAUCGUCCCCAAUCAAUAAUUCGUGCCUGCCUUCUCCCCAUAUCCCUUGACUCCACUAGCCCCUAGAGCUCUAUCUAACUCUCUCUUAAAUCCAUUCAGUGAUUUGGCCUCCACUGCCCUCUGUGGCAGGGAAUUCCACAAAUUCACAACUCUCUGGGUGAAAACGUUUCUUCUCAUCUCAGUCUUAAAUGGCCUCCCCUUUAUUCAGAGACUACAGCAUUUUGUGUCUAUCUUCGUAGACAAAAUAUGAUCCCUCUUUCAGGCAUUCCCUAAGGGAAGGGAGUUUAAUCCUGAGUUUAGUGCGAGGAUUUGAUUGCAGUGCAGGGUUGUGGGAUAACGGAUUUUAGAGAUUAGUCCACAGUUUGAAUCUGAUGAUCGCAAGUUUUAAUUUAUUCCUCGUCUUCCCUGAUUUUUAUUUGUUCAUGGCGCAGUCUGUAUGUAAAAACUUUAUAUCAUGUGAGCUAUUUGUAUAUAAGUAAUAAAGGAAUACUGGGUUACUGGCA